AUGGCGACGAGCAACGACGGCUCUUCCUCUGGAGAAGAGCGUGAAGUUCCCGAAAAGACGCCUGCAUCGUUUCCUGCAACACCGGCGCCGUUACCACCCUCCUCCAUAGAGACCAUCAUGGCGCACCUUGCACAACAGGACGCAGCCCAGAAGGCGGCGACCGACCAAAUCGCGGCGCUCGCAAAAAUCUUAGCUCCUCUCGCUGUGAACGUGGAAGCCUCAAUGGUGCAGUACCGAAGACAUCUGUUUAACACAGAGAAAGCAACCGGCGCGACGCCGGCGCACGCUGAAGACCAAGAUGUCAACGACGGCGAUACGGCUCAAACCCCUGAAGGCCUUGACGCGCAGACCAUAAACGAGUUCUCCGCGUUAAAACAGUCAGUGCUCGAUAUAAACUCUAAGAUCCACAACAUGGACAAGCUCCGUCUUCCAACCUUCGACGGCGUCUCCGAACCUUCUGCCCAUGUCACGUCCUUCAACAUCGCAAUGCGGCGCGUGAAUCUCUCUGAGGAAGAAAAAGACGCCGGCUUUUGCCAGCUUUUUGUCGAAACCCUAGAAGGAAUCGCUCUCAACUGGUUCAUCGGCCUUCAAGAAAACUCCGUCAACAGUUUUCACGACCUCUCGACAGCUUUCCUCAAGAAGUAUAUCAUGUUUACUUGCCCGGAAGCCACCGCUACGGAUCUCUGGAACCUCAAUCACGCCAAUGGGCAGAGCCUCCGAGAUCUCAUGGUGAAGUUUAAAUCCGUUGUCUCGAAAGUCGCCUUGCCGAACCACAUAGCUAUGGAAUCAUUGAUGAACCCCCUCCAUAUCAAAUUGCCAUUUCGAGCCGACCUUUAUCGGCACCCGACGAGAUCCGUGCCGGACGCUAUAGCUCGAUCCAACAACUUCAUCCGUAUGGAGGAAGACACCAGAGCAAAGGCGGCGAAGGAGGCGGCAGGAAAACAAACGCCCACCCGGACGAACGACACCCGUCAGGAGCCGCGUCAACAUUCUACGGGAAUCAAACCCAACCAGAAGAGGGGUUACAUGAACGUAGUGGACGAAGAGGAUCCCUCAGGUUCCGCGGUUGUCAUGCGAGAGAAGGGAUGGAAUCAUUGGGACCGAGACACCGUGCAACAGAAAUCCAGUUCUCCCGAACCAACGAGCUCAAACGCUGCGGAACCAAGCAAGUGGUGUACGUAUCACGAGGUCAAGUCACAUGACACGAAGGAUUGCAAAGUCCUUUACGGACAUUUCCUCAAGUCGAUCGAAAAUGGAAAAAUCGAGAUAGAACCUCCUCCGCUGAAGCUGAGGAACAAUAAGAGCUGGAGCAAAAACAAAGAUAAGAAAACUCAGAAGUUUCAACCCAGGGCUCAUCAGAAAGAAGAGCGAACUAGCCCCGAGAGAGCCCCAGUGAACAACCUCAAUCUCGAGGGAGAGUCAACUGAUGAAGAACCACCUAAAAACCGGCGGCGAGUAGAAGUAAUUCUCUCUCGACAUGACGACUCCUCGGAUGACGAAAUUCCGUCGAUAGCACAAGAUUUGCGUGAACAGUUGGGGAGAAAAAGGGACUCCAAGGAUCUACGCGCCUUGCUAAAGCGGAAGGCCGCGAAGGUUUCAGUAAGUGAAACGGAUCUCAGGUCGACCCUCAAUGAGUCCAAAGCGAGAAAGACUGCCCACACCGUAGUUGCUCCAAACCUCCAACCUCAACCUACAGACUUACGCGAGCAUAUCAAUUCUAAAGCUGAAGACCUACGCGUGAAGCUUAGUCAGUACAAAAAACGUGAUUACGACCGUGCCUCGAAGCGAAGCGACAGGCGCAACUGGAGUUGA